CAACAUGGCAGCGUUGGUCGCCUUCGCCCCAUCGGCGCUGCUCGCUCUCCGCCUCGCUUCCUCCUCUGCGCCGUUGAAAGCUAGGUCCGCGCUCCAGUCUCGUAGCCUUCGAGCCUAUUCCGCUUCCUCCUAUUCCUAUGGCGGAGGGGGUGGCGAGGAUGGGCGUUGGCAGCUGGUGCUCUACUCGAAGCCGGGAUGCUGCCUCUGCGACGGUCUUAAGGAGAAGCUCGACGCUGCGCUUUCGCUAGAGGGGGGUCCACAUUCCCUCCUCUCCGUCGAUCUCCAGGUGAGAGAUAUCACAGAGAAUCCCGAGUGGGAGCGGCUAUAUCAGUACGAGAUCCCAGUGCUGGCCAAAGUUCUUCCUGAUGGCUCUGAGGCUACACUUCCACGAUUGUCCCCUCGUCUAAGUGUGGAGCUUAUACAAAGGAAGAUUGCAGAAGCAUUUAAACACUGAAAUAGACCUUUUAUUGGAGAUCUUCUGAGUCAUGCAGGAUCACUUGAAUAGCUUCACUUUGUCAUUGAAGUCCAUGAAACAAUGCUGCUGUAAUUGUUCGCAUUUAUUUACGCCCUAGAUUAUAAAAAUGCACUUGUACGCUUUAGGGCAUCGUAAAUCCAAUUCCCAAUCUUUUGGCAAUUGCUAGUUCAUUCGACAAAUAACUGUAACCUAUUUCCGUUGUUCUAAUAUUGAAGCGUUGCUGAUUUGAAUA